GGGGCCUGCUGUGGCCGUAGCCUAGGCGGGCGCGCGCGCGCUGCGCGCUGGGCCCGGUUCCCGCCCGGCCAUGGACCUCUUCGGGGACCUGCGGCGCAUGAACAAGCGCCAGUUAUAUUACCAAGUUCUAAAUUUUGCCAUGAUUGUGUCUUCUGCACUUAUGAUAUGGAAAGGUCUGAUCGUCGUCACAGGAAGUGAAAGCCCCAUUGUUGUUGUACUCAGUGGCAGUAUGGAACCAGCAUUUCACAGGGGAGACUUGUUAUUCUUAACGAACUUCCAAGAUGACCCAAUCAGAGCUGGUGAAAUAGUUGUUUUUAAAGUCGAAGGCAGAGAUAUCCCUAUAGUUCACCGAGUAAUCAAAAUUCAUGAAAAAGAGAAUGGAAAUAUCAAGUUUCUGACUAAAGGUGACAAUAAUGAAGUUGAUGAUAGAGGACUGUACAAAAAAGGGCAGAACUGGCUAGAAAAGAAAGAUGUUGUGGGAAGAGCAAGAGGGUUUUUGCCUUACGUUGGAAUGGUUACCAUAAUAAUGAAUGACUAUCCCAAAUUUAAGUAUGCUCUUUUGGCAGUAAUGGGAGCAUAUGUAUUACUGAAACGGGAAUCCUAAAGAAGAAAGAAAAUGUCUUGCCCAAGAUCGAAGUUAAUUAUAUUGGAAAAACUAAUAUAUUUCAGAUGUUCCAAUUUCUUUAUAAGACUGUGCAAACUGUGUCUUGUACAAAUAAAUUGUAAAAUUAAGAAGUA